AACCUUUAAAACAGGCAACAUCUUUGAGCCUUCCAGAUCAUUUUUACAGUGGAAUCCAUCAAACCAAACAUCAAGCUAAGAAAUUGAGGAAGUAUCAUGAGCGGCUGUCCUUUCCUUGCCAAAAAGAAUCAUUUGUUUACGAGCAAACACUUGACUGAGGAGGAUGAUGCACAGAAAGGUAUCAACAAUGCAAGCAAGGGAGGCAUCAUUUAUGGAGAUUACCUGGAGCUGAACAAGGUGCUGGAUGCUCAGGUGUUGCAGAGUGAACUGAAGGGAAACAAAGUUCAUGAUGAACACCUUUUCAUCGUGACCCAUCAAGCUUAUGAGCUUUGGUUUAAGCAGAUUCUGUGGGAGCUUGACUCGGUUCGGGAGCUGUUCAUAAAUGAUGGCGUGCGAGAUGAGCGGAAUAUGCUUAAGGUCGUCAGCAGGAUCCAUCGGAUUACCAUGAUUUUCCGACUCUUAGUUGACCAGUUUGCAGUUCUAGAAACCAUGACAGCCAUGGACUUCUUUGACUUCAGGGAGUACCUUACCCCAGCCUCAGGGUUCCAGAGCCUUCAGUUCCGUCUUCUGGAGAACAAGAUUGGUGUAGCCGACAACCUCAGGGUACCUUACAACAGACGCCACUACAGGGACAACUUCCAAGGGCUGGACAGUGAAAGUCUCCUGCAAUCAGAGCAGGAUCCAACACUACUGAAGCUAGUUGAGCUAUGGCUGGAGAGAACGCCUGGCCUGGAGAAGGAUGGCUUCGACUUCUGGGGGAAAUUUCAAGCUAACGUCGAACAGGCUCUCAAGUGCGAGAGACAAAAAAUUGAGAAAAUGCAGGAAUCAGAUAUCAAAGAGGAAAUGCUUGAUGAUCUGAACAAGCAGGUGGAACUUUUCACAUCCUUGUUUGACUCCAAACGCCAUGAACAUCUUCUGAGCAAAGGUGAACGCAGGCUCUCAUUCAAAGCCCUCCAAGGAGCUCUGAUGAUAAACUUCUAUAGGGAGGAGCCUCGUUUCCAGGUUCCAUUUCAGCUCCUGACCUGCCUCAUGGAGAUUGACACUCUCAUGACCAAAUGGAGAUAUAACCAUGUGUGCAUGGUGCACCGCAUGAUUGGCAGUAAGGCUGGCACGGGAGGCUCAUCUGGCUACCACUAUUUGCGGUCCACUGUCAGUGACCGCUACAAAGUCUUUGUGGACUUGUUCAACCUGGCCACAUAUCUGGUGCCCCGGUCCUGGGUACCAAAGCUGAACCCCAACGUCCAUAAGUUCCCCUACACGGCCGAGUGCUAUGACAGCUCCUACAGCUCCUGCAGUAGUGAGGACUCUGACUGAGCUCACGUGCUCCUCAACAUCGCUUGGAGUUCUCAGCUAUGAAGACAAGAGGCUUUUCUUGUAAUGGAGCAUUUUGCCUCAAUCCUACAGAACUGUGUCUUCUGCAAAGAGCUGAUGUUGUCAACACUUUAGUGUUUCCUAAAUGUUGUACAUAGCUAAAGGUCAUUUUCUGUUAUUUGUAAAUUGAGCAAUACCUUUUUGAGUAUGGCAUGUAUACAAUGUAUAUGGUGUAUAGUGGUGGCUCUUUACUUUAGUCUACUCUGAAAUGUUAAUCUUCAAUACAAAUAGACUAAUGAAGAGGCUUUGUUGACAAACAAGUGAAGUAAGACUCUUUUCUGUACAUACUUAUUUAUACUAAUGUACAAAUUGCACAACAUUUUAUAAUUUAUGAAAUGGGUCCUAGUUUUUAGAUAAAUAAUGUUUUGUGAGUACUCUGUGAGGUGAUUUUGAAUAUUUGAAUGAUACAGCAUCCGUUUUGUAUUUGUGCAUGGUGAUUAUGAAACCACUGGAUGGUACUCUUAGAUGUCUUUAUAGAUGACUUUAUUAAACACAGUAACAGGA